AUGUCCUGCCACAUCUUGUCUUAUGCCAUCAUAAGCAUUAUUCUCACUAAUCCUGCAACAAGAAUUGGAGCAGCUAUAGCGCAGAAUCUCGCCUCAAAAGGAGCAUCCUUAAUCCUGAACUACACCUCAGACAGCUCUGCGUCUCAAACCUUCACCCUGGCCCAAGAGAUCGAAACCCAACACGUAGUCACCUGUCUCUACAUUCAAGUAGACAUUGGAUUCCCUACUGGUCCUGCACUGCUCGCCGACACGGCCCGCAACGUCUUCCUCUCCAAGUCAAUGCCACGAUUUCAAGACUUCGAAAUCAAAGAUUUCGAAUGGAUGUACCGGAUCAACGUCCUUGGUCCCUUACUGCUCAUUCAAGCAGCUCUUCCGUACCUCCCUAACGACCGGAGCGGGCGGAUAGUCAACCUUUCUUCCAUCUCUUCAAGCGAAGGGUUCGUAGGACAGUCGGUCUAUGGCGGGACCAAAGCUGCUUUAGAAGCGAUGACCAGAACUUGGGCCAGAGAAUUGGCCGAGAGGUGUACAGUCAACGCCAUCAACCCUGGGCCGGUGAGGACGGAUAUGUGGGCCAGAAUGCCAAUGGAGCAUAGAGGAGGCUUGAAGCCUUGGACUUCGCAUUCGCCGCUGGCUGCUGUGAGAGAGGGUCUCGAUGACGAGGAAAUUUUCAACCAGAAGGAGUUUGUGGGUGGGAGACCGGCAUAUCCUGGCGAAGUGGCCGGGAUUGUGGGGAUGUUGUGCUCCGAUGAUGCGAGUUGGUGUACAGGACAAGUUGUUUGUGCUAAUGGUGGGAUGAGGAUGGCUAUUUGA